AGGCGGCAGGCUCUGGCGGCGCUGACCACAGCAGCGUGAUGGGGCUGCGCGCUGGCCGAGCUCUGGGCAGAGUGGGUGCGGGCCGGGGGAUGCUCGAGGGGCCCGGGGAGAGCGGCAGUGCGCAGGGCGGCAGUAUCCACUCGGGCUGCAUCGCCGCCGUGCACAACGUGCCGCUGAGCGUGCUCAUUCGACCGCUGCCUUCUGUGCUGGACCCGGCCAAGGUGCAGAGACUGGUGGACACCAUCCGGGACAACCCAGACAACGUGCCGCCCAUCGACGUUCUCUGGAUCAAAGGGGCCCAGGGUGGUGACUACUACUACUCCUUCGGGGGCUGCCAUCGCUACGCAGCCUACCAGCAGCUGCAGCGAGAGACCAUCCCUGCCAAGCUUGUGCAGUCCACCCUUUCGGACCUCCGAGUGUACCUGGGCGCGUCCACUCCGGAUUUGCAGUAGCAGCUUCCUUGCCACCUCCAGGAAGAUACCUGGCCCCCAGUGGGUGGGCCACACAAGGGCCAGCAGGGGCGCCCCUCUUUGCACAUGGGGAUGGGGGUCUGACUCUCAGCACCCCCUUUACUAGCUGCCAGGCCUGGGACUGAUGCUAAAUAGUGUGAGAGCCCCUGUUCCCACCUCUGUGAGAGUGAGACUGGGCCUCAUCCCUGAGCCAGGAGAUGGAUCUGGAGAUCUGAAGGACAAGGACCUACUGCAUCAUCUUUAUGGUAUCCUAUUAAGUGGACUGCUCAGCUGCAAGUAAAGCAAGCCUAGGUAACGGGCUUGAACAAAGAAAGGCUGAAUUCUGGAGGCAAAUAGCCAAAAUGGUAUUGUUUCAAUAAUUCAGCAAAGAUAGAGUUUAUACCUCAGAUCCCUUUGCCCUCGUUGUUUGUUACUUCAUGGUCAUAAGAUGGCUGUGAUAUCUCCAGGAAUCAUGUCUGUGUUCAAGGAAGAAAGGAGUGGGGGAAGAGGAAGGGCCAAUACCCCCAGGCCUGACACCUUCCAUCAGAAAGCGUAAUCUGUCCUACUCUGUCCUCUGCAUAUUUCCACUUAGAUCUCCUUGGCCUGAGCCAGCUACCAUUGCCCUAGCUUUGAAGAAAGCUAACACCUCAGGGAACAGAAUUGUCAUGGCUGAGCACACCAGUCAUAUUCCAUCUCCUGGGACUGGCACUUUGCCUCUUGAAAUAAACUUUUCUUACCAGGAAAGAAGAGGAAUUGUAUAUCAGCUUUGCUGUGUACAAACCACUCCCAAACAUAGCACCUUGAAGUUACUGCUCUACCCACAGUUUCUGGGUUGGCAAUUUGGGCUAGGUUCAUCUAGGCAGCUCUGCUGGCCUUGCCUGAGGUCACCAUGGGGCCACAGACAACUGUCACCUCAGCUGAGGCUGAAUGGGUUAGGAUAGCCUCAUGUGCUUUUCUGAGGCUGUUGGCUAGGUGGCGUGGUUCUCUUCCAUGUGACUCAUCUACUAAGUUCAGGUUUAUUUACAUAGUGGCCUCAGGGUUCCUAGAGAGCAGAAGUGACAAGAACUCUAGACUAGGCACCAGGACAAUCUUACUUCUAGGUUCUUUUGGUCAGGGAAAAUUGCAAGACUUUGCCCAGAUACAAGGGAUGAAAAACAUUGCACCACUAGACGGGAGGAGCUACAGAGAACCUGGGGCCAUCUUGGACACUCAGACUUACUCUUCAUCCUUUGUGAAUAAGUCUAGAUGGGCAGAUCUCAGGAUUACACAGACACAGUCUCCUUGCCCUGCCCAAGCUAAGUCACUGAUACACAGAGCCUGGGGUCUAGGCAAGGAGAUGAGUGAGGCUGGAUCCAGUAGGGGCUUCAUUGUCCACACUGGUGUGACAGAGACGGCAGGGUGACAUUCCAGAGGAGCUUCUGGAAACCAAGAGUCCUGAGGAAAAGUGCAGAAUGAGGUGCCUUGGUGUCACUGCCUCUAGGAACUCAGUCAUUACAUUUUCAAGCCUCAGUCUUGCCAGCUCAAGAGCAAGGACAACAGCUCUUGCACUCAUUGGAAAUAGGAUUGAAAAGGGAUACAGCACAGUGUCUUAAAUGCAAAAUGGUAUCUUGCAUUGGCUCUCGGGGGAAAAAACAGACAUUAGUAGGACAACUGGAACUCCGACAUGGUCUGGAUUUUAGUUAAUAAUUUUAUACUAAUGUUGGUCUGUUGAUUUUGACCAGUGUAUUCUGGUGAUGUAGGAAGGUAUUUGUAAGUUGUUGGGGUAAGGGGAGGAGCUGGGUGGAGAUUAGAUGGGAACUCUUUGUACUAUCUCUGCAAAUUUUCUGUGAAUCUAAAGUAAUUCCAAAAUAAAAGCUUAUUUAAUUAAAAAUAA